UAUAGUGCACAGACGUUUUGCUCCGUCAUUCAUUUAAUGUUUAUAUUCAAACAGUAAAAUCGCAUCUUCAGGAAAAUAGUGACCUAAGAUAAGUUAUUUUUGUGUUUAAACCUGUACUCUGAAUCCAGCGAUGGUAAAGGAAAUUUAUUUGUGUAGAAAGAACUGAAGCAUUGAGCAAAAGGAACUUCUUGAGGUGCGCAAGCAGAGUAAAUUGUCUCAAGUAGCCCUCUUUAUCUUGAAGAAUUGCCAGUCCACCUCUUUGCAGACUGCCGCCAAGAGUUUAAUAUGGCCGUGGCCUUGAAACAAGUGUUCAAUAAGGACAAGACUUUUCGUCCCAAGCGCAAGUUUGAACCAGGUACGCAGAGGUUCGAAUUGCACAAGAGGGCACAAGCAUCGCUGAAUGCUGGUCUGGAUCUGAAAGUGGCAGUUCAGCUUCCCUCAAAUGAGGAUCUCAAUGACUGGGUAGCCGUCCACGUGGUGGAUUUCUUCAACCGUAUCAAUCUGAUUUAUGGAACUGUAUCGGAAUUCUGCACUGACGCCACCUGCCCUGUCAUGUCUGGAGGACCUCGGUAUGAAUACAGGUGGCAAGAUGAAAAUAAGUACAGGAAACCCACCGCCCUCUCAGCACCACAAUACAUGAGUCUGCUUAUGGACUGGAUUGAAACCCAAGUCAACAAUGAGAGCAUAUUCCCAACCAAUGUUGGAACCCCAUUCCCCAAGAACUUCCAGCAAGUUUGCAAGAAGAUCCUCUCUCGGCUUUUCCGUGUUUUUGUCCACGUGUACAUCCACCACUUCGACCGAAUUGGCUUCAUGGGGGCAGAGGCCCACGUUAAUACUUGUUACAAACAUUUUUACUACUUUGUUAAGGAAUUCAAUCUUAUAGACGACAAAGAAUUAGUACCCCUGAAGGAGAUGACCAUGAGAAUGUGCCAUUGAAAAGCAUCAACUCAUCGAUCACACAAGAAGCUGUACCAUCCACAUUGUUAUUGAAAUGGAUUAUCUGAGCAGAAAAGAAAUUUUGAAAGAAAAAUAUUAGUCCUAUUUCAAAUGAUCAUUGACAUUGAAACAUGAAAGGUUAAAACAUCUGAUGGGGAAUUUUCUGUUGCUGUUGGCAACUGCAAUGAUUACAGAAAAUUCUAUUCACCACUGAAGCAUCUUCCUGGGAUAGUUAAUUGUUUCAUUACAAUAACACGAUUCUGCAGUUACAAUGGUGCAAACAACAAAGCAUUUUGAUGAUAAAUAUCCUGCUUGAUAUAAAAUCUGUGGACAUUUUAUGCAUUUUAUUGUAUGUGAAGCGCUUCUGAAUGUUUCUGGUAAAUUUGAUAAAGCACUAUUCAACCUCCAGAAAAACAGAAUAGUUCGUCUAUCAACACACACAAAAUGCUGGUAAAACACAGCAGGCCAGGCAGCAUCUAAAGGAAGAGGUACAGUCUUCGGGCCUGGCCUGCUGUGUUCUACCAGCAUUUUGUGUGUGUUGCUUGAAUUUCCAGCAUCUGCAGAUUUUCUCGUGUUAUAGUUUAUCUGUUUCGUUUACUGGCACGGUAACUAGCUGAUACUACAGGGAUUGGCUGGUGCCAAAACCUCUAAAAAUAGAUUGUAACAUUCCUGUCAUAUUUAAUUCAUUCGUCUUUCUUUAACAGGAAUACCAAGCAUUCUUUUCAAAAUAUAUUUCCUGUAAUGGUACAGUGCUCCAUAUGGCACAGUCUUCAGAAAAUAAAUUGUCCUGAACGGUACAUAGAAUAUUUGUUCCAAAUGAAAGAAAAGUUUUCAGACUUUUUUUAAAUAUUUAAAAAAGAACAAUAUACUUUUUUACUAUAUUUCUUUAAAAUCUUACUGAUAAUGAAUGAUACAGUAUAGUUUUGCAGUUCAAGGGGGACAUCUGUGGUAAAAGCAAGUUCUUUUUGAAAUUUAUAUCAUAUUUUUCUUUGUUAUAUCAUGUGCUCUGAUUUCUGACUGUCUGAAAUUUGUUAUUUUUGCUUUUGAUUCUGUGAUGAGAGU